AUGGCAGACCACGAACAUUCAAUAAUCAAACACCAAGACCACCUCCUCCUCGUCCGUGGCCCCCUCCUCGCCCUCCGUCACGAUGACCAACCCCUCCUCCGCCUCCCGUACGAACUUCUCCGCAAGAACUUCCGCCAAGCCCACUUCACAGUCGAGAAGGACUCGACAGCAAUCAAGUCCCUGCUCAAAGAGACGGCCACCGCCUCCGUCAACGGCCGCGCCUCACCCGACGAUGUCCUCAAGAACCUCGACACAAUGAUCGCCCGCAUGCGCGGCGUAAAACGCAAGCUCGCCGCCCACGCCGACGAGGAGGCCCGUCUGACCCGCCAGGCCGGCGCCAGGAUCUCCCACCUCGGCGACCUGUACGGCAUGCACUCCGUCGACGACGUCAAGUAUGAAGCGUGGAGCCGCGCGCGGCUGGAUCGUCUGCUGGUCGACUACCUUCUGCGGCACGGAUACAACGAGUCCGCCAAAGCCCUGACGGCGGAGCGCGGCAUGGAUGACCUCGUGGACGUGGAGACGUUUGUGCAAAUGAGUCGAAUCCAGGAAGCGUUGCGGAACGGAAGCGUCGUAGAAGCUCUUGCGUGGUGCCAGGAUAACAAAAAGGAACUGAGAAAGAUGGAUGUGCGUUCUCUCCCGCAACACCCCCCUCCCUCUAAGGAUGCUAACGACCUCUCUCAGAGCAACCUCGAAUUCAUGCUCCGGUUCCAACAAUACAUCGAACUAGUCCGCACCCAGUCCCAACCAAAACUGCUCGACGCAAUCGCCCACGCGAAGAGGUACUUAGUCCCGUUCAAGGCGACCUACCCGGAAGAGCUCCGCAAAGCUUUCGGCCUCCUUGCGUACCCCCCGAACGCCGCCAACGCAGUCUACUCCGACCUUUAUAGCCCAGACCGCUGGAACACCCUCGCGGACCUCUUCACCCGCACCCACAACUCCCUCCUCGCCCUCCCCUCCUUCCCGCUCCUCCACAUCGCCCUCUCCUCCGGCCUGUCCGCCCUCAAGACACCAGCCUGCCACUCGGCAAACUCGUCUCACGUGGCCCCCUCGGACGCAAACACCGCCACCAACGCCUCCGCGACGGCAGGCACCCAGUCCGUGUGCCCCAUCUGCUCCACCGAGCUCAACGACCUCGCGCGCAACGUCCCGUACGCGCACCACACCAAGAGCUACGUCGAGCACGACCUGCUGCUCCUCCCCAACAGCCGCGCCUACGGCAAGGAGCGUCUGGAAGAUUACGCCAAGAAAUCGGGCCUCCCGCCGGACCAGGUUAAGGACCUGAGGACCGGCGAUAUUUACUCGGUAGACAAGCUCAAGAAGGUUUUCAUUACAUGA